CCAAAGACGUGUGCGCUUUGGUGGAUUAGUUCCGUAGUCCCCACGCGUUGAUAGUUUGUGAUUUAGUGUUCUAAACAAAAUAAUUGCGAAUGUGUUCUCGAUAUUAGAGAUGUGGCUAUAUUGACUGUGCAGUCAUAAUUAUCGGCAUAUGCCGUUUGAAAUCGUUAUCGGAGUUCAAUAUUCACUGUAAUUUAUUAGACUAGAGGGAUAAAGUAAAAUGGUGCUCUACAAUUUAAUGGUGGUUCAUUGGUCUAUUUUUACGCUUUUCACGCAGCUGGUGUUCUGCGCUUCUGCCUUUACAACUCCAAACUUGAACUCCGUUGAGUCGAUCUGUGAUGAUGACGGUGUCCAGUACGUGCAUGAAACGGGUAUUGAGUCAAGCGUGGUAAUGAAUCUCUACCCAGAUCAAAAUAAGCCAUUCUGUAAGCGCCAGUUUCACGCACCAGAAUCACACAGUUUCUACGUACGCCUGCAGAAGAUCCAUACGCAAUCUAGUGGCAGUCGGAAAAUUUCUCAACACAACGGCAUGUCCAAAAAGUUUGGCAGUAAAAAAGUUAGCAACACCAGCGGUUCGUGUUCACUAAGUAUAUCUCACUCGUUAAAUGGCGAAGUGCUGCCUCCAUGGCGGCUAGAUCCUUGUGAAUUGGAAGUGUCAAGCCCAGGUGAGGAACCGAUGCGACUUCUCCAGGGUCGACUAAACAUAGUGUGGAACCAUCUUGGUAAUCGGCCAAGCUAUCGAUUAUUGAUCACAGUUAUCGGCAAUGGUCCACCAUGCCUGGAAAAGGGUAAACAUUCCUGUUUUGAAGUGGAUGACGUUCCAUUGCUUUGCAUCUCCAACGAUCUACUGUGCGACGGAGUUCGACAUUGUCCUUCGCCAGCGAAUGCUUUUAACGACGAGGACAGUGAAAUGUGUGCCAAGCUGAAGGAAGAACAGCUUGCGGAAAAUCCCGUACAAAUGGUGUUUAGAAAGUACAUACAAACUACAUUUAAGUCAUUUUUCUACGCUGACUCCACUGAAGAACCACUCAGGGACGACACUACUCUACCGGAAGUGGUGAAACAGAUAGAAAUUAUAGAAAACCAAACUAAGAAUCCUACCAAACAACAUAAAAGUACCUUGAAUGGGUUAUCCAAAUAUGGUCCAUGGGGAUAUUUAUUCCUAGGAAUGCUGUUAUGUGGUGGAGCAUUGCUAAUUUGUGGCUUAUGGGAAUGCUGUUGUCGAACGCAAAAGCCUGAAGCUCCUGAUGUCUCUGACCAGGGAGAUCAAUCCGUCUAUCAAGAGUCUGUUCUUAACAAUUCCAAUCUGAAUUCUACGAGCGGAACAGCACAAACAUUGCCUCCUUAUGAAGACUUGGAUCCUCCUCCUGCGUAUAGCGUUUUGUUUCCUAACCAAAAAUUCCCUGAAAGUUUGCCGUCAUUGACGCGAAUAUCAGAAGCUCGGAUGCAAAGUAGUGUCAACAACGAUACUGUACCUUCUAGUAGCAGCGCAGUUCAUAUACAAACGCAAACCGGCCAAUGACACUUUCUCUGAUGAACAAAGGAGUGUACCAAUUCGAAAAAGGCUGAUUUUACUAUUUAUUAUUGAUAAAAAAAUUAUAUUGGCGAGUAACUAGCUUUAGAACAGUUUUUUUAUGACAGGUUGUGUCAAGAUUUGAACAGAUAUUUGAACCAACAUCGUAGUAUCAUCGAAUCAUGAAAUUUCGAUUCCGUAAUUGAUCACAAUAGGGUUCAGAAAAAAAUACUCAUUCGUUUCGAAGUGAAGGAGACAUUCCAUCGCGUUUGAUUCGUUGCAAACCAGUUCGCAGUAAAUAUGUAUAGAUAGAAUACAUCUGGUUUGAAAUCGCUAGUUCUCGCAGAGAAGCAUUUUACAGCUAAAUAUUAUGUGAUAUUAAAUUAUUUAUUUUCUUGGACAAUUGAAGAACGAAG